UCGGGCGCUGUACGUGGGAGACAAUAGUCAUUUAUUUGGAACAGCCGGAAGGCUGCAUCUGUCCCGGGUAGAAUCGGGCGCUGUCCGAGGGAGACAAAAGUCAUUUAUUUGGAACAGCCGGACGGCCGCGUCUAUUCCGGGUACAGUCGGACGGUGUCCGUGCUAGACAAGGGUCGUAUAUUUGGAACAGCCUUACCAGCUGCGUCUGUCCCGAGUGCAAGCGGGAGCUGUCCGUGGGAUACAAUAGCCGUUUAAUUGGAACAGGCAGACGGCUGCCUCUGCCCCGAGUACAACGGUAUCCAUGGGUACCCGACGCCACCUGUGCUGGGAUACCCAAGGGAAACUUCAGAGUGAUACCUGAUGAUACAUCACAUCCGUUACCAUGGCAACAGGGACAGACAAUCCAGGGUAUGUAAGCGAGGAAGCUGACACCGUCAACAGGGUUUCAUCGUAUGAUAAUAACGCUCACGGCGGUCGUAGGACCUCCCCCAUAGAGAAAUCAAAGCCAUGGGACAUAUUCCAAGAAGAUGCCAAGACGAGCCUGUCAACUUCCUCGGAAUACGAAAUAUGGAAGACCAUCAACGCCAUCGUCAAACUGUUUACAUACAUCGUUUUCAUUGGUCUUAUUCUCGGUUCGUCCGUGAUGUCCAAGCUUUGCAUUUUCUAUAUGACGUACCAUCUACCCAUCCAUGAACAUUUUGAACUUGGCAAAGAUCAAAUCCACAACAAUACGGCUAAAGAUGGGGACAACAGGGCACGGUUCCUGUUGAAACCAAAGGACCUGACUGUGGACAUGAAAUGGGUGUGGUCACUUAUUCUCGUCAUGUGGGCCCCCUACGUAUUCAGGGCGAUGUCGUGCACGUGGAAGAUGAUCACAAAGAAGAACCGAUCGGUGCAAGUUCUACCUAUCAUUGUAGCAAGUCUCGUCGAGAUCAGUCACUCCAUCGGCCUCUGCAUCUUUGUCUUCCUCGUCCUUCCAAAUGUUGACCCGUUGCUUGGCUUUUUUGUGACGCUCAGCGUAGCUGUCAUUCCUGCGAUCUUCAGAAUAUUUGAAAGCAAGGAACAGAAUAACGAUGCUGACAGCGGCGGAAAUGACUCCACACAAUCAACAUCAAUGAAGGUCGUGAGAGGAAUUUUGAAUUUCGUGCUGGCAGUUGUACACAUAGCGACUAUUGCCCUCUGGGCACUGAGAACAUAUACCCAACAAGACAACAUCACAAACGCAAUUCUACUUCCUGUCAGCCUCGUUCUGAUAUCGGUCACGUGGUGGGAGAACUACGUGAGUGGAGUCAAAGGUUUGGCUGGAAUACGACGUCGUAUCCGUGAGCAGAGGGUGAAGAUUGAUUUAAUUACCUCCGUCAUUAAAAUAAUAACUACUCUCGUUGUCCCCGCUGUAAUUUUGCCCCUGGUGGCGAUGACUGUGUCAAAACGUUUUUCCUUACAAAGACGGACGCUACAGGAUGUUCCUUAUAUGGGACGAUGACACUUGAAGAUGUUAGACAUGUAACAUCUUCCUGUUCUGCAGAACUCCCGUUUCUGGUAGCUGCAGUGUGCAUAUUGUGCAGCGCGGUGUGCUACGGUAUGUCAAAAGCCUGCUGCAAGGUGCGUGCUCAGAUCCCCUGUUUUUCAAUCCCGAUGCUGCUGUCGACGCCUGUUACGUUUGGUCUAAUUCUGCUUUCCUACUCCGUCAGUAAUGUUAAUGGGCAGUUCCUGGGCUGCAGCUUCGAAUGGGUGGAACCAAUUCCAGAGUUCUCAGACUUUUUGCUACAGUUUACCGUGGAUUACUGGAUUCCGAUCGGCGUAUUUGGAUACAUAACCUUAUUCUGCAUUGUUGAUCAUAUCUGGCACCCGAGCAACGAGAGACUGGCCAGGACGCACAGGCUAUUUGCCAAGCCCCUGUACUGUGGAAUACUGCUUGACCAGUCGCUGAUACUGAACCGGAAGCGGGUGAAGGAAGCCCACAUAGAAACGAAGGAGAAAAAUGCAUCACGAGUCAACGUUCCUCACCUCGGCGACGGUGACGUCUUUGACUUGAGGGACACCACCAGCAUGAGGAAGGACGACACCCCUAUGAUCUAUGUGUGUGCUACCAUGUGGCAUGAAUCGGAGAACGAGAUGAUUCAGAUGCUGAGAUCUGUGUAUCGAUUGGAUGAGGAUCAGAGCGCCAGGCGAAAAGCCAUCAAAACAUUUGAGACGGAUGUGGAUUACUACGAGUUUGAAGCUCACAUCUUCUUCGACGACGCCUUUCAGCCUCACAAAGAUGGCGACUUGGAUUACGACGUCAACGACUGGGUGAAGCAGCUCCUGCGGGUGAUUAACGUCGCCCUAAGAGACGAGUAUAACACACCACACACUAUUCCGCCUCCAACACGUACUGAGACUCCGUAUGGAGGCCGGUUGGUGUGGACGCUUCAAGGGGGCAACACGCUGACGGCGCAUCUGAAGGACAAGAUGAAGAUACGGCACAGAAAGAGAUGGAGUCAGGUGAUGUACCUAUAUUACUUUCUGGCCAAUCAGCUCAUGUCUGAGCAAAUCGACAUCAACCGGAAGCGCGUACGAGCUGACAGCACGUUCCUAUUGGCUCUCGAUGGUGACGUCGAUUUCCAACCCGAGGCUCUCCGGAUGUUGGUGGACAGGAUGAGGCGGGACCCGAACGUGGGGGCAGCGUGUGGAAGAAUCCAUCCCAUUGGCUCAGGGCCAAUGGUGUGGUACCAGAAGUUUGAGUAUGCUGUUAGUCAUUGGCUGCAAAAAGCAACAGAGCAUGUGAUUGGCUGCGUCCUGUGCAGCCCCGGAUGUUUCAGCCUGUUCCGAGGCUCCGCUGUGAUGGACGACAACGUCAUGAAACGCUACACGACAGCUCCGACUGAGGCCAGACACUACGUUCAGUACGACCAAGGUGAGGAUCGCUGGUUGUGCACACUGCUCUUACAGCAAGGCUACCGAGUCGAGUACUGCGCAGCUUCCGAUUCAUUUACGUUUGCACCGGAGGGAUUUUACGAGUUCUUCAAUCAGCGUCGUCGUUGGACCCCAUCAACGAUGGCUAACACGCUGGACCUCCUCCAGGACUGGAAGAGUGUCACCAGAAAGAAUGCAGAUAUUUCCUGUCUGUACAUCAUCUACCAGAUGGCACUGAUGGCAUCCUCCAUCGUAACUCCAGGAACCAUAUUCCUCCUCAUCGUUGGAGCCAUUAAUGUUGCCUUCCCUCAAAUGCCAUUAUUUGGUGCCCUCAUCCUUAACCUCGUACCAGUCGCUGUCUUCGUUCUUCUCUGCUUCGUGGCCAAAACCAACAUACAGCUUGGCUAUGCCGCGAUCAUAUCCAUCGUCUACAGUCUGGUGAUGAUGCUGGUGAUAGUAGGGCUGAUCCAACAGGCAGCAACAUACGGAUUCUGCUCCACUGCAACCAUCUUCCUUGUGAUCGUCAUUGGAAUCUUCUUGGUAGCCGCCAUCUUGCAUCCUCAAGAGUUCAUGUGCAUCCUCCAUGGCUUCCUGUACUUCCUGGCCAUCCCUACCAUGUCCAUGAUCCUCAUGAUCUACUCUUUUGGCAACCUACACGUAGUCUCGUGGGGAACUCGCGAGACUAAGCAAGCAGCACCUCCACCAGGGCAACAGCCUGAGAAGAAGAAGAUGAAUGCAUUAGAGCAGAUGUGGAAUCGGAUCACCGGGUCGGAUGAAGGAGGGGUGUGGGACGCACUGUGCAGGUGUGUAUGCUGUUCCUCCACUGCCAACAAGGACCAGCUGGACAAGGUGAUAGAGAGGUUGGAGAAAAUCGAAGCUGCAGUGGUGGAGCCACCAAAAGGUCCCCAAAGAAGUGAUUCCAAUGCCAGACAAUUUAGACAGCGAAGACUGGCAUCUUUACCAGGCGAAUCCAUCCAAGAGCAGGUCGAAGAAAAUGAGCCCUACGACAGUGACCCGUACUGGAUCCUGGAUCCUGACCUAGGUGAAGGACAAUUUAAAGAUCUCGACGGGUCAGAGGUCACGUUUUGGAAAGAGCUGAUAGAGCAAUACUUGUUGCCUUUGGAAGAGAAUAAAGAACAACAAGACAAGAUAAAGAAUGAUCUGCUGGAGCUACGGAACAAAACCUGUCUCUUUUUCUUUCUUAUCAAUGUUCUUUUUAUCAUAUUAAUCUUUACACUUCAAAUGGUAUCCAAUUAUACACCGAACCUUAAGAUCCAAUUGCCAUGUCCAGAUCCAAGAUUCCAAGGCGAUCAGUUUGAACCAAUUUCAAUCACCUUCAUGCUUGUGUUUGGAGUGUUGUUGGUCAUCCAGUUCCUGUCCAUGUUUGUCCAUCGCUUGUCCACAUUCCUCCAUAUCACGUCCAUCACAGACGUCCGGGACAUAGGGAAGACACUGAGGAAGACCAAAGAGAAACUAGCGUCUGACAAGGAGGUGAAGGGUGAGGAGUAUGUUGAACUUACAAAGGAUCUCCAGCGUUACCAAGAAGAUGCAACUGAGCUGGAGAUCGAGCAAACACCCGACCCGUUUGAGAAUAACCAGAAAGUGAAGUGGGCCAAAAUACAGAGUAGGAGGCACAGAACACAGCAGGCAGAAGCAGAUACACCAGCGACCUUUGAUGAAAGGUUCGUUGGAAAUUUUGCCAAGCUUGCACAAGAUGUUCAGCAGUUCGGAGGCCCACUUACCACAGAUAGGCCGAAGACCUUUCGCCGCUAUCAGAAAAAGUCUGUUAAGGCUAUAGUGAGUCUUAGUGAAUCUAGUCCACAUAUCACUAAAUCUCUCGUCCGGAAAGCAACACUCAUGGCAAAGAGAAUGGAGGAACAGCAGCAGGCUGAACAGGGUGUGCCUGAUGUACCAAUAAGGAAACGAGCACCGGCUGAAAAGGUCCGGGACAAACACAGGAAGAGACAGGAUCAAUCCAAGACGGCGGCUGAUACUGAAGACGUGGAACUGUAUGAAAACUUUAAAGGGCUUAAAGGGCAUGAUGAGAUAGAACUGGACAACGUCAGAGACGCAGGGCACACCGCCAUGUGAGAUUCAUGGUUCCGUUUGAGAAGUAUAAUGAGACCAAAUGUUAAAACAUAGCAGUUUUCAGUAGUGUAAAUCUGCCAAACGUGCCAUAUUUUACAAAGAAUUUCUUUCCUUAGUGUUAUCUGAAACUAUUAUAUUUGAUAUAUAUAUAUAUAUAUAUAUAUAUAUAUAUAUAUAUGCAUAGAGACAUGCUGCUUUAUCCAUGUUGUGUAUUGCAUAAACGAAGCAUACAUGUUGGACAAAAGGUACAUAUCUAAUGACAGACAAUAUAAAUGAAUCGUGUUUAUUGUCUUCAAUCCAAAGGCAUUUGAUUAGCGAGUGCAAAGGCAAAUAGCAUCUUCAAUACCAUUUUGAUGAACUUCUACAAACAAUUGAGCACUUGGUCCUCGGAUGUCAAAUGCUCUGUUGGAACUUAAUUAUUAAUUAUGUCAAUGCUUUGACUCAGGGAUGACAUCUCUUUCCUUGGAAUAGAGCUGUGUACAAUAUUGUAUUUCUGUUAUGCUGUACAAUUUCUAUUAUAAUAAAUAUACUCUUUUUGA